AUAGUUGGAGGCUCAAACCACUACACAACUCUCCCUUUUUUACUUUUCCAACAGCCAUCCCAGAAACAGACCCCACCUUCCUCUUCCGCCACCCUUCUCCUUUUCUUCUUUCCCUGCUUCCAUCGUGUUUUGUUGCGUGAUUAUUUCUUGAAUCAUUGGUCUUCUUCUUGCAUGCUCUCUGCUUGGAUACGGAGGCAGUGCAGGGUAAACAGAGACGGUUUCCAAGGGCUCCAUCUGUCCUGAAUGUCUGCCGCCGCCGCCGUUCGCGUUUGCUCCGCACCGAGGCUGCUGCUGACGCAAGAGGCGGCUUCUAUUUGUGACCGGCGGCCGCUUUUUAAAGGUUUUGCUCCUUAAUUGCCCUCCGGGAGAGAAUUAAAAGGAAAAGAAAGGAUGGUUUCCAACUGGACAACAUUCCCCGCAAUGUAAAGCUUCAGUCAACAAGAGCCGAGCUUGGGGGAAAAGUGACUUUUGCGAAGGGUGUUGGAUCCUGGAACCCACCAGCUGCCUCCUCUCCAAAUCCCAGCAGGAGAUGGUCUUUUCAACCUCCUGGCUCCAAACCCAUUUGUAGGUCACAACCAGCACUUUUGGACCGAGCUCAGAAGCAGAUCGGAAGCCAGUGCGGCUGACACAAGUUCAGCAACGGAAUGGUUUCUAAAGUACGCACCCAACAAGAAGUGAGGAUGCAGACCUCCGAAGGCGUCUCCGACCCGGCGGCCCCCGUGGCGCUACGGUCCUCGGCCUCGGUCCAGGCUCCCGUGGUUCAACCGGUGCCUGCGUCCCAACAGAGAGUUUUGGUCCAGGCAACUGGUUCCACCCCGAAAGGUGUCCAAAUGCAGCCGCUGGCCCUUCCCAGAAUCCAACAGGUCCACCAACAGGUGCAGACGGUGCAGCACAUCUACCCGGCGCAAGUCCAGUAUGUGGAGGGAGGAGAAGCGGCCGUCUACACCAACGGGACGAUACGGGCCGCCUACUCCUACAACGCCGAAGCCCAGAUCUAUGCCCCAGGGGCUGGAGGUGCCACCUCCUACUUCGAGGCACAGGGAGGCGGAGGGGGCAGCUCUGCCCAGGUGAGCCCCGGGGCACCCUCCCCGCCGGCCCUGCCUCCCUCCCAUGGCAUGGUGGGCCUCACGGUGGACGUCGGGGGGAACCAGAUCGUCCCCGGGCCAGGCGCUUAUCUCCUCCACGGCCGGAUGGAGAACGCCCGGCCCACACUCUCCUCGCAUGCCUCACGAUCCUCUCCAGCCACGCUGGAAAUGGCGAUCGAAAACCUCCAAAAAAAUGAAGGCAUAACGUCUCACAAAAGCAGCUUGCUGAAUAGCCAUCUUCAGUGGCUGCUGGACAAUUACGAAACGGCCGAAGGGGUCAGCCUGCCUCGAAGCUCUCUCUACAGUCACUACCUCCGGCAUUGCCAGGAGCACAAGCUGGACCCGGUCAACGCCGCCUCUUUUGGAAAGCUCAUCCGCUCCGUCUUCAUGGGGCUGAGGACGCGCCGCCUUGGUACCAGGGGAAAUUCCAAGUACCAUUAUUAUGGCAUCCGCCUGAAGCCAGACUCUCCUCUCAACCGCUUGCAGGAAGAUGCUCAGUACAUGGCAAUGAGGCAGCAGCCUGUCCACCAGAAACAAAGAUUCAGGCCUUCCCAAAAGUUGGAUGGCACAACAGAAGGGACUUCCAACAGUGGCCUCCAAACAACUCCAGAGCAGUCGGUGGCAGCUCAGAGCCAACAUCACCAACAGUUCAUAGACGUCACCCGCGUUCUUCCCGAAUUCCCGGCCCUCGACUCGGAAAACCUCCUGCUGCAGGACGGGAUCGAGCCAAGCGACGUGAAAGCCCUGCAGAUCCUCUACCAGCGGCACUGCGAGGCCAACGUGGACGUUGUCAUGAGCCUGCAGUUCGCCUUCGUGGAAAAGCUCUGGCAGUCAUUUUGGAAUUCAGAGUCCCUCUCCAGCGAUGCCUCCAGCGAUGAGCCCUGCCAGGUGGUCAUCCCGCGGCACAAGCUGAUCGCCAUGUGCAAGUAUGACCCCAUCAUGGCCUGGAUGCGGAGCUGCGACCACAUCUUGUACCAGACGCUGGUGGAGGUCCUGAUCCCAGAUGUUCUCCGGCCCGUUCCUGGUACGCUGACGCAGGCCAUCCGCAACUUCGCCAAGAGUUUGGAAGGCUGGCUGGUGAACGCCAUGAGCGACUUCCCCCAGCAGAUCAUCCAGACGAAGGUGGGUGUGGUGGGUGCCUUUGCCCAGACCCUGCGCCGAUACACCUCUCUCAACCACCUGGCUCAGGCGGCGCGGGCCGUCCUCCAGAACACCUCCCAGAUCAACCAGAUGCUGAGCGACCUCAACCGAGUGGACUUUGCCAAUGUCCAGGAGCAAGCCUCAUGGGUCUGCCAGUGUGAGGAGGGCCUGGUGCAGAAGCUGGAGCAGGAUUUCAAGCUGACCCUGCAGCAACAGAGCUCCCUGGACCAGUGGGCCAGCUGGCUGGACAACGUGGUCACCCAGGUCCUGAAGCAGCACGAAGGCGGGGAGGGCUUCCCAAAGGCUGCCCGGCAGUUCCUCCUGAAGUGGUCCUUCUACAGCUCCAUGGUGAUCCGCGACUUGACCCUCCGAAGCGCAGCCAGCUUUGGCUCCUUCCAUCUCAUCCGCCUCCUGUAUGACGAAUACAUGUUCUACCUGGUGGAGCAUCGCGUGGCCCAGGCCACAGGGGAGACCCCCAUUGCCGUGAUGGGAGAGUUCAGUGACCUUGCGUCUUUGUCUCCCGCUCUCCUGGAAAAAGAUGACAUCAGCGAACAGGGGAGCGAUGGGGAGGGCGAUCUCCGCUGCGCUACCGGCGAGCCCCUUGUGAAGCGCGAACGCAGCGAUCCAGGACCCUCAUUGCAGGAGAUCUAGGACCCUAGGAAGGUGCCUUUUUUUGCUCCGAAACCGGACAGAAAUGAUUUCCAAAGCUCAUUCUGGCAUCGCGAGUGGCUCCUUGCUUCCUCCUGGCGUUCCCUUGUCUUCGCAGAAAAGGCCGAAGAAGCUGCACUCGCUGGUGGAUCAGGACGAUGCUUGGUGGCCAAUGCAAGGAUGCCAAUGGACUCUUGGUGCCAUUCUUCUGCCUCGCUCUUUCACGCGAAGCCUUAACUGGUUGGCAGGACAGACCGCAGGACUGUUUGAAAAGGGGGCGAGGGGGGCAAUAGCGGGGAGAGGGGCUUCCUGUCAGCCUCCCCCAAAACACCCUCCAUCCCACCCAAAUCAGGCCUUUUUUCCCCAGGAUUCCCUGGACAACACCACUGUGAUGGCAUCCCCCUGCCUCCCCAUAGACCUCUUGGUUCCUCUCAAGUUAAUGCGCCUUUCUGUGGGGAGAUGUGGGGAGGGGGGUGUAUGGCCCCUUUCUCUGUCCCCCAAUUUGCCAAAUAAAUCUAC